GGCCGGCCAAGAUGGCGUCGAUGCGGGAGAGCGACACGGGCCUGUGGCUGCACAACAAGCUGGGCGCCACGGACGAGCUGUGGGCGCCGCCCAGCAUCGCGUCGCUGCUCACGGCCGCCGUCAUCGACAACAUCCGCCUGUGCUUCCACGGGCUCUCGUCCGCCGUCAAGCUCAAGCUGCUGCUCGGCACGCUGCACCUCCCGCGCCGCGCGGUGGACGAGAUGAAGGGUGCCCUCACCGAGAUCAUCCAGCUUGCCACCCUCGACUCGGACCCCUGGGUCCUCAUGGUCGCCGAUAUCCUCAAGUCGUUCCCGGACACAGGUGCACUUAACCUGGAGCUAGAGGAGCAGAAUCUCAACGUGCAGGAUAUUCUAGGAGAGCUCCGCGAAAAGGUGAAUGAGUGUGAGGCGUCAGCCAUGCUGCCGCUGGAGUGCAGGUACCUGAACAAGAAUGCGCUGACCACUCUCGCUGGACCUCUCACACCCCCUGUCAAGCACUUUCAGCUCAAGCGGAAGCCUAAGAGUGCCACGCUGCGGGCCGAGCUCCUGCAGAAGUCCACUGAGACCGCCCAGCAGCUGAAGAGGACAGCAGGGGUGCCCUUCCAUGCCAAGGGCCGCGCGCUGCUCCGCAAGAUGGACACCACAACCCCACUCAAAGGCAUCCCGAAGCAGGCACCUUUCCGCAGCCCUACCACCCCCAGUGUCUUCAGCCCUGCUGGGAACCGGACCCCCAUCCCACCUUCGAGGACCCCUUUGCGGAAGGAGAGAGGAGUGAAGCUGCUUGAUAUCUCAGAGCUGGACGUGGUUGGUGCAGGCCGAGAGGCAAAGAGGCGGCGCAAGACAUUAGGUGCGUGUGGCAGGGGGAGCCCCUUCCCUGCCGGCGUGUUACCCUGGGUUCUGAGAGGCUCUGCUCUCUCCACAGACACAGAAGUCGUGGAAAAAUCAGCCAAGGAAGAGACUGUCAUCGAGAAUGCCACCCCUGACUACGCAGCUGGCUUGGUAUCCACGCAGAAACUCGGGUCUCUGAAUGAGCCGGCUCUGCCCUCUAUGAGCUAUCUGCCUGCCACACCUAGUGUGGUGCCAGCGUCUUCCUACAUCCCCAGCUCCGAUACUCCACCAGCUUCAUCUUCCCGGGAAGCCAGUCUGCAGGUCAGCCGGCCCUCUGAGGACAACACCUCGAGUCCAGCACUGCCCACACAGUUCAAGCAGAGGGCACCCAUGUACAACAGCAGCCUCAGCCCCGCCACACCUGCACCCUCGCCUGUCGCUCCCACCUCUCCCCUGACACCCACCACACCCCCGGCUGCUGCCCCGACCACCUCCACACCUCCUGUUGCCACUGUGGCCCCGCAGAACCAGCCCCCCCCACAGCAGCAGCUCAAGAAGAACCUUUCCCUCACGAGGGAACAGAUGUUCGCAGCACAGGAGAUGUUUAAGACGGCCAACAAGGUCACCCGGCCUGAGAAGGCGCUUAUUCUGGGCUUCAUGGCCGGCUCCAGAGAGAACCCUUGCCAGGAGCAGGGUGAUGUGAUCCAGAUCAAGCUGAGUGAGCACACAGAGGACCUGCCCAAGUCAGAUGGCCAGGGCAGCACCACCAUGUUGGUGGACACCGUGUUUGAGAUGAACUAUGCUACAGGCCAGUGGACACGCUUCAAGAAGUACAAACCCAUGGCUAACGUGUCCUAGGGCCCCAAUGGCUGGAUCUGGACACCAUCUCCUGAGCCUAAGUCUCUUUAAGGGGGUAUUUGGACUCAUUUUAUAAAAAUUGUGUGAUUUACCUUU